AUGGUGAGCUCUGCUGAUUUGGAGGAAGAAAGCAUCAAGACCUUUGCAAUGCGGCCCGCUCUGGAGUGGGCACUACUCAAGCUGCACGAUGACGACACGAGCCUGGACAGCAUCUUUGUGCUCCUCUAUCGGCUCUACACAGGUGAGGAUGCACAGCACUGCAAGAAGCGAGGGAAAGUCGUCAAUUCGGGGUCCUCCUGUGUUCCUUUCGGGGUAUGCUAA